AUGUUAUAUUUAAAAGCUGAAAUAAUAAUUAUUUUAUUUUAUCUACCAUUUUUGUUAUCUAUAGAUUCUGUCAAAUUUGGAGCUAUUUUUAGAAAAGCAAAAGAUGCUCAUCUGGCUGCAGCUAUUAGCUAUGCUGUUGAAUGGAAUAAUAAUAGGAUAGGUCAUUAUCCUGAAAUAGAAUAUAUUGUUGAUUAUGUUGAACCAAUUGAUUAUUAUGAAGCUGCAAAAAAAGCAUGUCAAUUGAUUGAGAAACAAAAAGUAGUAGCAUUAUUUUCUACUGCUGAUAGAAAUAUGAAUAUGCAAAUACAAGAUAUAACAACUAAAAUUGAUAUACCAUUUUUUUCAACUAUUAAUGAUUUUUCUAAUGAUAAAUUAUCAAUUUUAAAAAAUAAUAAAGAAAAUGGGAUAUGGUCUACAAAAAUACAAAUGUUUCCAAAAGAGUAUAUUGAUGAAGCAAUAUCUGAUUUAAUUAAACAUUGGAAAUGGAAUCGUCUAAUAAUUGUUUAUUCAGACAUUAGAAGAAUAAAUCGUUUAAUAACAUUUCUUGAAAAUCCAUCAUAUUCAUAUAUACGUUUUAUAUUAAUACGUGUUGUUAAAAAUGAUUUUCUUGGAGCAGCUAAACAGGUAAAAGAACUUGAAGAUUGUGCAUUGGAUGAAGAAAAAUUUUGUAAUGAUAUGAAUCGUAUACUUGUUGAUAUGAAUUCUGGUGAUACCUAUAAAUUUUUUAUAGCUUCUCUUCAAUUAGGUUUAAUAGAUCUUCAUCAUUGGUUUUUAAUGACAUCAUUAGAUUUAAGAAAUAUAGAUAUGAAUUUAUUUAAACAUAAUCAUGCACGAUUUAUUGGUAUUAAUCUUAUUAAUGAACAAUUUUUAUUAAAUUAUAAUAAUACAUUUAAUUUAAACAAUUUUAAAAAUUAUAUAAUUAAUGAAUGGAUAAAAGAAGGAAAUGAUAUUAAUAAAUUAGAAUUAAGUGAAGCUAUUUUAAUGUUUGAUGCUAUAUAUCUUGCUGUUGAAGUUUUUAAAGAAGCUGGAAAAGAACAAAAAUUAAUUAUUAAUGAUAAAAGUAAUACACAAUGUAAAACAUCAAUAAAAUUAUCAAAACCUUAUAUUUAUGGUAAAGAUAUUAUUGAAAAAAUAACAAAAAAAAAUAUUCUUGGUUUAAGUGGAGAUUUAAGUAGAAUUCAUACACCAAUGUAUCAAUUAACUAAUUAUACCUAUCGUAUAGAUUUACUUGGAUAUAAUGGUGUAAUUAAUGAUAUUGGUUUUUGGGAACCAACAAAUGAUGUUUAUGUUAAUAUGACUGGAGAUUCAAAAGCUCAAUUACAAAGGAAUGUCAAAGUUUCUGAUGAGUUGAAACCACAUUUUAGAGUUACAACAGUUCUUGAAAGACCUUAUGUAAUGUAUAAAAAAAAUCACUUUGAAUUAGAUAAAAAUUCACAAUUUGAAGGUUUUUGUAUUGAUUUAUUACAUCAAUUAAGUAAAGAUCUUGGUUUCACUUAUACAAUUCAUGUUGUUAAGGAUAGAAAAUAUGGAAGUGAUAUCUAUAAAAAUGGUACAUGGGAUGGAAUUGUUGGUGAAAUUCUUAGAGGUGAAGCUGAUAUGGCUGUUUCUCCUUUUACUGUUAAUUUUCAAAGAGCACAAGCACUUGAUUUUACCAAACCAUUUCUUUCAUUAGGAAUCUCUAUUUUAUAUAAAAUUCCUGCUGAUCAUCAACCAGAUUUAUUUUCAUUUUUGAAUCCACUUUCAUUAGAAAUAUGGAUUUGUAUUCUUUUAUCAAUAAUAGUUUUAACAGUAGGUAUGUAUUUUGUAGCACAAAUAACUCCAUAUGAAUGGAAUUUAAAUUUUUCUUGUUGUACUGCUCAUCAACCUCAUCCUGGAGCUCAAUAUUCAUUAGAAAAUUCUCCAGUUGUUUUGACAAAUAAUUAUAGCUUUUGGAAUACAUUAUGGUAUGUAAUGUCAACAAUGUUAAAAGGUGGUUGUGAUUUUGGUCCCAGAAGUUUCAGUACCAGACUUCUUGGUGGUACUUGGUGGAUGUUUACGCUUGUUAUUGUUUCUGCAUAUACAGCAAAUCUUGCUGCUGUAUUAACAAUUUCAAGACCAUAUAUACCAAUAAAGAAUCUUGAUGAUCUUGCCAAUCAAACAGAUAUAUCUUAUGGCACUUUAGUAGGUGGUUCAACAAGUCAAUUUUUUAUGGAAUCAAAAAUUGAAUCACAUGUUAAAAUGUGGGAAUAUAUGAAAAAUAGGGAUGUUUUUGUUUCAUCAAAUGCUGCAGGUGUAGAAAAAGUAUUAAAUGAAAAUUAUGCUUAUCUUAUGGAAAGUACUUCACUUGAAUAUGAAGUACAACAAAAUUGCAAUUUAACACAAAUUGGAGGUGUUCUUGGAUCUAAAGGAUAUGGAAUUGCACUUCAGAAACAUAGUGAAUGGACAGAUAGAAUGAGUAGACAAAUAUUAUUAUAUGCAAAACGUGGAAUAAUAGAAAUGAAAAAACAAAAAUGGUGGAGAAAUCAAGGAGUUCCAUGUACUGGAGUUGGUUCUUCAGUAAAACAACAAAGAGUUUCACUUACAUUUCAUAAUGUUUCUGGAUUAUUUUUAAUACUAUCAGCAGGUUUAGUUAUUAGUAUAUUCAUUGUUAUAAUAGAAUUUUAUAUAACAAGUAAAAAAAUAGCAAAAAAAGAAAAUAUAGCAGUCAAAAAACAAAUAGCUAAAGAAAUGUCAUUUGCAUUAAGAUUAAAUAAUAUUAGCGAACAUAGGAAAAGAAAUAAAAAACACAGAAACAAUGAUGAAAUUAGCAAAGAAGAUGCAGUUAAUAUUGAUAUGACAAAUCAUAUUUAA